AUGCACUCACCACCAACGAGUACUGAGGAUGAUAUUCCAGCCCACAAGGAGCAACAACAACAACAACGAGAAUCCAAAGCUGACAUUGUUGGUGGUCCAAAUGAUACCCAUAUCGAUAUGGAACGAGGCGUGACACCACGACCAGAAGAAUACGAAUAUGGAAAUGAGGAUGAUGAUGACGCUAAGGGUUCACUGGCUUUGAUUUACGAUACACAUCGACCAUGGUUCCACUUAGCCAUGUGGCUCGUUUUUACUGGUUUCUUGGUGGCUGCAUAUAUACUUCAAGUACCCAAGGGAUACAAUUCCGAGAAUUUGAUCUUGGGUUUGAUCUACGCUUGGUUUACUCUAUACAUCGUUUGUCAGUACAUCUCAUUUUCUCGAGUCACUCGGCCGCUUUAUCAUGCUGGGCACUCGACAAUGGCACCUUUCCUCCGGCUGAGCAAACGCUGGCGUUUGUCCAUAUAUGCACUCUUUGUCACCACCGUCAUUGUUGCAACCGUAUUCAGCUUUCCGGAAACAAAAUCCACACGCAAACAACGCUUGAUUUCAUUACUUGGGUUGAUCGUUUUCGUGUUGCUGUUGACAGCUUCCUCUCAUAGACGUAGAGCGAUCAAUUGGUUCAUUGUGUGCAGUGGGCUGUUAUUCCAAUUCUUGCUCGCCUUAUUCGUAUUUCGAUCAUCGGUUGGUCAUGAUAUUUUUCAAUGGAUGUCGAAUUUCGUCCAGGGGUUUUUGGGUAUGGCACGACAUGGUAUGGCGUUCCUGACCACCGAUCCAAUUGCCAAUCUCCCCUACUUUGCUGUGGUUGUCUUUCCUGCCGUCAUUUUCUUCUCCGCUGUGGUGCAGAUGCUUUAUCAUUUGGGUGCUUUACAAUGGGUGUCUACAAGAUUUGCAGUCAUCUUUAUCAAAUUAUUUCAAGUAUCAGGUGUGGAGGCUAUUGUAGCAGCAGCAUCGCCAUUUCUUGGACAAGGAGAGAGCUCACUAUUGGUACGGCCCUAUUUACGAUACGCUACACGAGCCGAGCUACAUCAAAUCAUGACAUCCGGAUUUGCCACCGUGGCAGGAUCCAUGUUGGCAGGAUACAUGGCCUUGGGCGUUUCUGGUGAAGCGUUGCUCACAUCAUGCAUCAUGUCAAUCCCAUGUUCUUUGAUGGUAUCCAAAAUCCGAUAUCCAGAGACACAAGAAUCACUCACAAGACACGAAAUCAAGAUUCCACCAGCUGAUCCCAGCGACAGGUCAUCCAAUCUAUUACAUGCAUUAGCAAAUGGUGGAUCCAUUGGUAUCUCAGUGGUGUUAUGUAUGGCUUCCAACAUCAUUGCCAUUCUAUCCUUGCUCUAUGCUAUCAAUGCUGGAUUGACUUGGCUAGGUCACUUUGUCAAUAUUCAAGAGCUCUCACUUCAAAUGAUAACUGGAUAUGUAUUUGUACCCAUGGCAUGGUUGAUGGGUGUGGAUAAUGGUGAUCUAGUUAAAGUUGGGCAAUUGAUGGCACUCAAGAUCUGGGCGAACGAGUACAUGGCGUAUCAAGCAAUGAUGACGACGUAUGCGGGACAAUUAAGUGAAAGGUCGACGCUUGUAGCGACGUAUGCACUAUGUGGAUUUGCCAAUGUUCCUGGAAUGGGGAUGCAGAUUGGUGUACUUGGUUCUCUUGCUCCAGGGCGUACUGGGGAUAUUUCAAGGCUUGUUGUAUCAGCUAUGAUUUGUGGAUUCAUUUCCACUUGCAUAUCAGCUGCAAUGGCUGGGAUGCUCUCGUGA